AUGCCUCUGGAAGUAGACAAGGAAUUCGCCGCUGCAGCAGCACCCGCAAAGCAGUGGCUGGAUAGCCAACCUAAGAUGCCAUUUGGUGAUGUCCAGGCACGACGAGACAUAUUUGGAGUAUACACCAGCAUGAUUGAUCGGACUAUCCCCGAUACAGUUGAGCACGACAUUCUCCAUGUUACCACAUCGGACGGCUAUCAAAUUCCCGUCUGGCGGUACAAAGGGAAACAAAACAAGCAUAGCCCAGAGAAUCCAGGGCCAGCAGUUAUUCACAUGCACGCUGGAGGUUACAUUUGCUGUGGUCCGGAAAUCGCGGUGCCGAAUCUGACUCAAUUUGCGGCGCAGACAGACGUUGACUUCUUCUCAGUAAACUACCGCAAGGCACCCGAGAAUAAGUUUCCAACUGCAUCCGAGGACUGCUGGACAGUACUUAAAUGGGUCAUGGAUAAUGCUCAGAAGUUAGGCGUGGACAAGACUAGAGUCGCUGUCAUGGGAGAGAGUGCCGGAGGAGGCUUGGCUGCAGCUUUGACAAUUAUGGCUCGUGAUCGAAAGCUGAAUCCUCCAUUGGCAAGGCAGAUCUUGGCAUAUCCAAUGCUGGAUGACAGGUCUACUGAUAAAGUUCCGCCUGGGACCUAUUCGAUCUGGGAUGAGAUAGACACAGACACAGCCUGGGAGGCAUACCUGGGACCCGGGAAACGUGGUGCGGAUGAGGUCUCAGUAUAUGCUGCGCCGGGCAGGAUGGACGACGUCACUGGGCUGCCGCCGCUGUAUAUGGAUGUGGGACAACUCGACACGUUCUUCCAUGACGAUUUCAAGUAUGCCAGCAAAUUUGUAGCAGCUGGAAUUGAAACAGAGUUUCAUGUAUAUCCCGGCCUUCCACAUGCGUAUGAGGGAAUGAUUCGCGAGUUGCCUGUUGGGAAGCAGUUCAUCGACAAUCGUAUGAGACAGUUGAAGAUGAUCUAG